CGCCUUUUCAUCUCCACCACAAAACAAUAACGCCGCCGGCAAGGCUCACCAGAUCGCCAACCCGAGGUAGUACAGAUGAAGUCGCCUGUCUCCUACACAAUCGACGACAAGGACCUCGACGAUGCCGCACUCUGGGCAGUGAUCGACUCCGCCGAAGCCUCCCAUUCCCCUUCCGCAUCCCGCAAGCAGCUCACCACCGUCAAACAACGCAGCUUCCACUCCCCGAUCUCAAAGCGCUCGCCGCCGCCGCCUUCGAAGAACCCACAGAGUUCCAAGUGCAACUCCAAUGCCGUUUCCCCUUACUCGGAUCCCUAUCGCAGCAGGCCUCAGAAGAUGGCCAGAACCUGUGCCUCCGAGGCGAGCGAGGGUACGAGUCCGCUCGCUGUGGUCAGGACACCGAUUGCUACCACGAUGGCGUACUCCUCUCCGGAGGCGUACUUGUCGCCUCAGAUCGGAAGGUAUGUCGUGAAUGAUUUUGAUGAUGACAGAUCUGACGUGUCCCCGGGGAGCUACGUCCGGCAGCAGCACGGCGAUCAGAAGGAUCUUGUGCGGCAUUGCUUGAAUUUGAAGUUCCCUUCGGUUUCGCUGUUCAAGGACUACCAGAAUGCGGCAAUGGCGAUUCUGGAGAAGUCUGAUUACAUGACGAUUUCAGGACACCCGUUCAUUAAGAAGUCAGGUUGGAGGAAGAUAUCUUGUUUCUUCAAUCUGUCCUUUGAAAUCAAAGAUAAGAGCAUAGAAUUCGACGAAAAUCGAAAUGUCCAGCGAGCUGAGUUUAUCGUUCGAGCUCAUAUGCAUGGUGGAAGGUUCUCUGACGGCUGGGGCUCAUGUGAGAAGCGUGAGAAGCGGUUCUUCAAACCAAACCAUGACAUCCCUAGCACAGCAGAAACUCGGGCAAAGAACAAAGCUUGCCAGGACCUGCUUGGAAUUGGAGAGUAUCGCCCCGGUGCAGGCCAAUCUCACCAACAGCAAACUUAGUCACCUUUUCUCAACGACUGGUCAACAAAGUUACUUCAAUCAUCCUGUGACAUAGAGCAUUGUACUUGAGUUUCUUUAACAGAGAGCAGUAACACAAACGAGCCAAAAAGAGAUCAGGGUUUUGAUACGUCUACAACUUGUAUACGUUAAGUGGCUCAUCAAGUAAGGAGUAAGAGAAACUCUUGUUGCUAACAGAAUGAAUACAUGUAGUAAAUUUUGUACGAUGGGGGUGUGGGGAAAAAGAGAAAGUGAAGAUGAAAGGAGCAAAAGCCGGCACCUGAAAAAGGACACUAAAGUGGGAGUAUGUAUGCAGCGGAAGGCAAAGGCAGAAGGGCAUCUUUGGUUGGGUCUUUUGUCAGAUAGAUCAUGCGGACAAGGAUUCAUUGGUAUGAAAGGGAUAAGAAAGAGGCAAAUGGCGGAACUUUGGUCUUUGGGGACGUGCACUUUGGUCCGUGGAAAGAAAAAGAAAAUGGGCUUCCUCUCCUGUUUUAUGGAAGCGCCAGUCAUUGUCUCCAAACCAUGUUCCUCUUUUAACUUUCCACAGAAGAGGAAUAACCCCACCUCUUGUCCAUACCUCUGCCUUUGUUGAAAAAAUAAAAGAAAAUGGCGCUAUAAUAAGCUGAAGAGAACAAAUGGGCAAGACGCCAUCCAUCCUUUUGGGCUUUGGUUCCAUAAUCAUCUCUCUCACUGUCUCCUUCUCCUGCUGAAUGCCAUUCUUCUUCAAAAAGGGGGCGAAGGAAGGAAGGAAGGAAGGAAAGCAUCAGCUCCCGUUGCAGGCAUGUGAUCUGAGGGAGUUUGAUUUCUUUUAGAAGUGAACCCAAAUAGCUGCACCCUUCUCUGACUACUAGUAGCCAAUCUUCAUGGCUCAACAACAGCAAGAGCAGCAAGAAGAAGGGUGGCCUCUGGGGCUGCGGCCAUUGAAUGCCAGAGUUGGGAUGUUGAGGAAUCAGGAUUUCAACGGCUCAAUCUCAUUCGCAACCACCAUGCUCACCAGGUCGACGAGCUCCACCACUGAUUCUUCUUCAGAUCUUGAUACUGAGGUGGGGGUAACACAACAGCCUAAUCUCUUCAUCCCUUCCACUUCUGCAUUCCUUGGUUUUCAUGCUGAACGAGAAUCAUGGAACCAACCCCCUUGGUGCUUUAAAAGUCAUGGUUGAUGAUUGCACUCAUUUGAAAUUUGUUGGGAGUGCUGAAUAGCAGCAGAUUGUCACUGUUGUACCACCCUGCAUUUAUGGCAUGUUUUUUCCACUGCUCUCGUGUUCCUGUUUUCAUACCAUAGAAAGGUAAAGUUCAACACUUUUGCUCCUUUUGUCUACACUCAAUGGCCCCAUUAAUCAAUCAUGACUUUUGACCCUUCAAAUCAAAACCCUGCAUCAAUCUGUCGCUGUGUUUACUACCCAAUAAUAAAGUUUACAUCUUUCCCCCUUCUAGAUCCUGUGAUUAAGCCUCUCUCCAGUAAUGUGGCUGCUUCCUGGCCUACUUAUCUUGCCCUUUUUCUUAAAACCACAUUAAUCAGUUUACCUCCAUUGUGUUUCAUCAUUCAUUCAUGUAUAUUUCUUGUUCUCAGUCAACUGGCUCGUUCUUCCAUGACAAGAGCAUCACAUUAGGGAGCUUAAUUGGAUUCUCUAGCAUUCUCGAACUGUCAAGAAGGUCAACCAGGGGAAGAGGAGGCAGGUCAUCUAGUUUAAGAGAACAACAACAUAGUAACAACAGUUACAAGCCAAAGCCCUGGAUAUUCUCAUUGUGCUCCAGGCUUACCACUGAUGCAGUGAACACAAACAGCACUAACAACAACAGCAGCAACCAUCCUCCUUCUCUUGGCCACUUCCUUCAAGUAGAGAGAAGAGCUGCCGUUGCAUGUGGCAACAACAGCAACGCUAGUACUAAUAGCCACGACAAUGGUAGUGUGAGCCCACGCACACUUGUUUAUGGUCCUAAUGAUUUCUCCCCAAUUGCGGAGAGUGUAGGUGGAAGUGUGAUGAACUCUCUUUUUGUCGGUGGAGAGAUUGCUGCACCACAGGUAGCAGAAGAUGAUGGUGGAGGGAGAAGAAGAUCAUCCAACAACAACGACACAAACAGCAGCAGCAGCAGCAAAUUAUUGGGACAUGGUGAUGGAUACGGACCACCAUUAAUGCUUUCGUGUCUAUGUGGACAACUCAUUGAAUGAAAAACCUUUUUUUUUUUUUUCCCUUUUUCCUUUUUGUGGGAGAAUUCUGGGUUUACUUAAAAAAUUGAUAUGAAGAAGAGGGAAACGAAGUAUUAGAGAAUCAUUUGUUCUGGGUUUUUCUAGCCUUUUGAGGCGAGAGAGAUUAUAAUAAAAGAUG